AUGUUAAAGAGCAACACUAACUCUAACCGAGAUAAUAGCAGCAAUUCUAGUAGCGAGGAUAUUAGUUACGGAACCAGUGCUCAAGGACCGACAAGCGAGCAACGUAGCGUGUUCAACAGAAUUGGAGACUUGUUACAACCCCUUGUAGAAGAUUCUCCAAGAGAAGACACGGUUCCAGAGUCAUCACUGCAGAGUGUACCUUGUAUCACGAACCUUAAUUCUCUCCUCGCAGACAUACAUGUACGAUACAUCGCUCUUAAAAAAGAGGAUUUUCAACUUCAUUACCGGGUCCAAUUUGCUGGUAGCCAUUAUGAUGGAGUCCGAAUUAAGAAACCUGAUGAGUUUGACGUAGACAUAGUGAUCGGUUUGCCUGUUAAUUUUUCUGUUGACCAAUUCAACCCCGAGGAGAGUGAUAUUGUAAUUGAACAAAACAGUCCAGGGUUUGUACAACUCCGAGCCGGCCUGCAGUAUCAAAAAAUAUUGGAGCGAGAUGGGGUUGACUGUGUCAUCAAUAAAACGGCGUACCAAUGGCUGGAUGACAAGAAAUAUAUUCUUCGAUCUAAAUUUACUAGUUGGUUUAAGAGCGUUGGAAACAGAGCUUUAAAUCAAUUACCGAAGAGAGGAUUGUACCCAAUUUGCUACGUUGAUGAGGUCGGUUACACCAUCCGCACCUCCGAGAGUGGACCGGCUUGGACCUUACUAAUAGAAGCUCCAGGAUUUAAACUAGACGUUGAUCUUGUUCCCGCUUUAAGAUUUCCUGAAGAUCGCUGGCUGGAGGCCCAAUAA